GGUCCCACCCUCGGCCGGGUUUUCCACCCCCCGGUUUUCAAUGAGUAGAGGCCAUCUCCCGCCGGGGCGGAGGCGGCCACAGUAGUGUUCGUUGGACGACCUUCGCCGAAGGUUUGGAUCCUACAUUGCGGCGUGAGCGCUGGGCCGGGGCUCCUGGGGAGGAGGAGGGAGCUGAGGCAGCCCCGGCCGCAUGGUGCCUGGUCGAGCGUGAGCUCCCCGGGGAACAUGACCAAAGAGGCGGAGCCGGAGAAAAGGAGCCCGUUUGGGGUCGAGGCUCCUAUCUCAAACGGCUAUCUAACAGUCGAGGGGCAGCAGGAGGACAAGCGGGCAAAUGGGACCUGCCAAGCCUCGGUCAUCGGGGAACCGCUACCCCAUGAGGCCAGCGAUGGCGCGGCCGCCGUUGGGAACUGUGACAAGCCUCAACCGGGUGGAGAGGAGGAGGAGUCCCAGGCCAGACUGCUACCCCUGCGCUUUGGGGGCAGCGACGGCGGCGAGGUCGAGGCCGAGGCCGAGGCCGAUGCGGGCGAAAGGAGCCUCGGUGGGCGGACCGCGCUAACCCCGCGGCGCUUCGUAGUGCUGCUCAUCUUCUGCCUGUACUCGCUGGUCAAUGCGUUCCAGUGGAUCCAGUACGGCAUCAUCAGCAAUGUCUUCCAGGACUUCUACGGCGUGACCUCGCUGCACAUCGACUGGCUCUCUAUGGUCUACAUGCUGUUCUACAUACCGCUCAUCUUCCCAGCCACCUGGCUGCUGGACACGCGCGGCCUACGCCUCACAGCUCUGCUGGGCUCCGGCUUCAACGCCCUGGGCGCCUGGAUCAAGUGCGCCAGUGUGGCCAAGGACCGCUACUGGGUCACCAUGCUGGGCCAGUGCCUGUGCUCCAUAGCGCAGGUGUUCGUUCUGGGCUUGCCUUCCCGGUUGGCCUCUGUGUGGUUUGGGCCCAAGGAAGUGUCCACCGCCUGCGCCACGGCUGUGCUGGGGAACCAGCUUGGUGCUGCAGUUGGCUUUUUGUUACCACCAGUUUUGGUGCCCAACAUCAAUAACACUGAUCUCAUGGCACACAAUAUCAGUACCAUGUUCUAUGGAACAGCAUCAAUUUCUACCUUUUUAUUCAUACUAGCAGGAAUUGCAUUCAAAGAAAAGCCCCGGUAUCCACCCAGCAAAUCCCAAGCAGUUCUCCAAGACCAUCUUCCAGAAGAUUAUUCCUAUAAAAAAUCAAUAAUUAAUUUAUUUAAAAAUAUUCCCUUUGUGCUUCUGCUAAUUAGUUAUGGCAUUAUGACUGGGGCAUUUUAUUCACUUUCAACAUUAUUAAACCAAAUGAUCUUGGCAGAGUAUAAGGGAGAAGAAAUCAAUGCUGGACGAAUUGGGCUUACUCUAGUUGUAGCAGGAAUGGUGGGCUCCAUUCUUUGUGGCUUGUGGCUGGAUUAUACCAAAACAUUCAAACAGACUACUCUAAUAGUUUACAUAUUGUCUUUUAUUGGAAUGGUUAUAUUUACUUUCACCUUGGAUCUUCAGCGCCUUAUCCUUGUGUUUAUUACUGGAGGAGUACUUGGCUUUUUCAUGACUGGUUAUCUCCCUUUGGGUUUUGAAUUUGCUGUUGAAAUCACAUAUCCUGAAUCUGAAGGCACUUCCUCAGGUCUUCUGAAUGCUUCUGCACAGAUAUUUGGAAUUCUUUUUACAUUGGCUCAAGGAAAGCUUAUUUCAAACUAUGGAACUCAUGCUGGAAAUCUUUUCCUUUGCUCUUGGAUGUUUGUAGGCAUCAUUUUAACAGCUUUAAUCAAGUCUGAUCUGAGAAGACACAGUAUAAAUUUAGAAGCCAAGAACAUGGAUGUUAAAGCUGUGCUUGUCAACAGAUCAGAAGAACCAAAAUCAAGAAAUAGUAUUUUGACCAAACAAUUAGAAUAAAAAAUUUGAGGUCAUCAUUGGAUGGUGUACCAACAAAAAUAAUCCUUUAUGCCCUUGUGGAAACUAUGUUGCCUUCUCCCCGGACCUCCUGGCAUACUCAUCUGGUUCCCUUCCACCAUGCUUCCUCACUCAGAGGGGGUGCCAGUGCUAAGCUUGGUUCUGCCUACACAGAGCAAAAUGAUUUCUCUUGCCCUGCUGCAUGCACUAUGAGAGCAUGUUGCCAGCUUCCAUAAAGAUGCCUUUCUAAAUGUUGCAAAGAUCAUUGUUGUUUCUUCAGUUUAUUGAAGUCUCAUGUAAGAUAUAUUUGUUUAACCUCAGAAUGAUUGCAGCAAGAAUGGUUUUUGCUCUGGUUUAUCCUGAAGUGUGAAAUAUCCCUGAUUUUUCAUGUUCCCUUGUUUGUCUGCAUCUGAAGGCUGUUUGUCCUCCAGUAUUUCUAAGUUCAAAUGAAUUUAUUAAAAAACAAACAAACGAA